AGAAUAUCAAACAAUUGAUUCGAUGGGUUGUACAACCUCCAAGCUGGACGACCUUCCGGCCGUGGCGCUUUGUCGCGACCGCUGCGGUUUCCUCCAGACCGCGAUUCAGCAGCGUUACGCUCUCGCCGACUCCCACCUCGCCUACACACAAUCCCUUCAAGGAAUCGCCCAGUCUCUUCACACCUUCAUUGAUCACCACCACCGCUUCGCCGGUGGAGACUCUCACGACCCACCGGAAGAAGAUGAUUCACCCAAGAAACCCAACUCGGAUUCCGGGUCGGGCCAUAUCGAAUUCGAUUCGGACUCGGACGAAAUUGACUCCUUGCAUCACUCAUCUCCUCUCCAUCACCAUCUUGACGACGAUGAUGAUCCGGGUUUUACCCGUUACUCGAAUCCGGAUCCUCCGACUUCGUAUUUGCAUAUGAACUACAUGAAGAACAGUUCGAUGCCUCCUUCCGUUGUCUACGAGCAAAGACCCUCCAGCUCUCACAGAGUUUACAUCGGAGAAUCGUCUACCUCCAACUAUAACCCAUACGAAUCUUCUUCGCCUCCUCCGCCCCCACCGAGGUCAUCAGAGGGUUGGGACUUCUUGAACCUUUUCGAUUACGCUCCCUACACUCUUACUCAGGAUUCAAGAGAGGUGAGGGAAGAAGAGGGUAUUCCUGAUUUGGAAGACGAUUUUCAUCACGAGGUUGUCAAGCAAGUACAUGGGAAGCAGAAACUCGUCCCCGGAAAAGCUCCUGUUCCAGCUGUCGCCACCGUGGACGACAAGGAAGAGCCGCCAGGUGGGGGUGGUCAGGCUUCUCUGUUUCAGACUAGGCCAAGCGUGGCGGUUGAGAAAGAAGAGAAGGAGUACGAGGUUCAUGUCGUGGAGAAGAAAGUUGUUGGUGAUGGUGGUGGAGAUGAAGUGCGGAGGAGUAAUGCAGCGCCACGUGGCGGUGGUGUCCGGAGAGGGGUGCCUGAGGUAGCAAAAGAGAUAGAUGCUCAGUUCUUGAGAGCUGCAGAGUCAGGAAGUGAAGUUGCAGUGAUGCUUGAAGUGGGCAAACAUCCUCAUGGUCGCAGACAUGGAGCAGCUUCAUCCAAGAUGAUACACGAAGUUACUCCACCGCCGUCUGUGGUGUCGUCAUCUCAACCAUCAACCUCUAAGAAAGCUAAAGCUUCUUCUUCUGCAGCGGCUGCACCUACUUACGCGGAUAUUGAGGCGGAGCUUGCAUUAAGGUCUCGUAAUCUGUCUUCCACAUUGCACAAGCUACAUCUAUGGGAGAAGAAGCUUUACGACGAAGUCAAUGCUGAAGAAAAGCUGCGUUUAUUACACGAGAGAAAGUUAAGAAAGCUGAAGCGUAUGGAUGAAAGAGGUACCGAUGCUCCAAAAGUAGAUUCAACACGAAGAUUUGUGAGAAGUUUGUCCACGAAGAUAAGGAUUGCCAUUCAAGUUGUUGACAAAGUAUCCGUUACAAUCAACAAGAUAAGAGACGAAGAGCUAUGGCUGCAACUGUAUCAAUUGAUCCAAGGGCUGAGCAGAAUGUGGAAAUCCAUGCUUGAUUGCCAUCAAAGUCAGUGUGAGGCUAUUAAGGAUGCCAGAGGUUUAGGCUCCAUUAGAGGAAGCAAAAAACUCGGUGAUGAUCAUCUCGAGGCUACAAGGGUGCUUGGGCAUGAACUUAUUAAUUGGAUUCUGAGAUUCUCAAGCUGGGUUAGUGCGCAAAAGGAUUUUAUAAGAGUACUCAAUAGUUGGCUUAUGAAGUGUCUUAUCUACGAACCUGAGGAAACUCCUGAUGGGAUCAUUCCUUUUUCUCCUGGUCGUCUCGGGGCUCCAAUGAUUUUCGUGAUCUGUAACCAGUGGGAACAAGCUUUAGAUAGAAUAUCGGAGAAGGAAGUUGUCGAGGCAAUGCGCAGAUUCACAACCAGCGUGCUUCAUCUUUGGGAACAAGAUAGGUUAGAAACGCUGGAGAGGAUGAUAGGCCAUGGUGGUGAGGAACAGAGGAUUCAGAAAGAGAUUCAAGAACUGGAACGGAAAAUGGUUCUGGUCGGUCCAGGCGAAGAUAACAGUGUUUACCAAAGCGACACUAGUAACGAAAGUUUACAGGCUAGUCUUCGGCGUAUUUUGGAAGCUAUGCAGAGGUUUUCAGCGGAAUCAGUGAGAGCCUAUGAUGAUAUCUUGGAGCGUGUUGCUGAAAAAGAAAGUAGCUCUCAUGAAUCAGAGGAAGACUAACCGAAAGAUGGUUGUACACUUAUUCAGAUGAUCAUUCUCAUGCUAAAGGCAGGAGGUAAUUUAUGGCUGGCCAUAGUUGCAUGAUCCGCCUUGACUUGGCUCCGUAGAGGUUUAUAGACCGGAGCAACAGACCUGAACCAUCUAUGGUUGUAAUUUAACUCACCGGGAAGUUAACAUAUCGUCUUUCUCAGACUAGAGACAGAACUGCUUACGUAGACAGGAAUAAGAGAUGGGUCGGUGCUUGAGUGCUUGUAAUAGUUAAGAACUGGAUGGUUGCUACAUGCCAUGCUUGUUAACUUGCCGCAGUGUAUUUUAGUUACAGAUGUGCAGGAGUGAUGUAUGGACUUCUUGUUCUGUGUUCAUAUUUCGUAACGGUUUCUUAAUAUGAUUAGUUGCACAUAUAGUAACAUAAAAUACUUUGGGAAUGUUAUAAGGUUCUUUAAAAUCUG